UAUCCUCCAUUUAAAUGGAAUACAUUCAUUUUCAUUCAAGGGCGUAGACAUAAUGGCUUGGUCAGCAGAUUUCGUAAUGGCUCCUGGACAAAUUACGGGUUGCACCGAUUCAAACCUAUAGUUGUUUAACUUUCCGCUAUCCAGGCUGACCAACUUUCGCUUUUGCUUGUCAGUUUCCUCGUGACUGGCUUCCCUAGAGGUAGUCUGCAAAGAAAUAAAGCAGCAGCGAACGAUUCUCGAGGAGGCAUUACCAGAGAAUUACAACAAGCGACGUUACAACGUCGCGGGACGUCAUGGAAGAAGGAUUCUUGCCUUCGUACCAACCGGUUUACGAUAAAGAGAUAAUUGAAGGUCUGGAUCAAGAAUUUUCGCGACUGAAGGACGAGUGCUACGUAGACCAUGCAGGAGCUACUCUUUAUGCCGAAAGCCAGAUUAAAAGAGUACAAGAAGAAUUACUUUCGUCGAUAUACGCAAAUCCACACUCUAUUGGUACAGCUGGUAAUGGUACUCAAGACAAUAUCGAUCGCAUUAGAUUUAGGAUUUUGGAACAUUUUCAUACUUCCUCGGAUGAGUACAGUGUGGUGUUUACAUCGGGAGCGACAGCCUCCUUGAAGACUGUUGCCGAGAUGUUCGAUUUUGAGAACAGUGAACUUUCUAGUUCUACAGAAUUGGGAUGUUUUGUGUAUGUGCAAGAUAAUCACACGUCAGUUCUUGGUAUGAGAGAAACGAUCGCUCAAAGAGGUGCACGGGUCAUUUGCCUUAGCCAUGAUGAUGCUUUUAAGACACUUACAUGUGAUAGUGCCGAUACAGACGAUGGACUAUGGCAAUGCGGAGAUUCUCUAUUUGUGUACUCGGCACAGUGCAAUUUUUCUGGCUUAAAGUACCCUCUUAAUUGGAUCGAAAAAGUUCACAAUAAAAGGCUGAGCAGCGUCACUGGUAAUCAAGCUUCUAAAUGGUAUGUCCUAUUGGAUGCAGCGACUUUUGCUGCAACUAACGACUUAGACUUAUCUGUUUAUAAGCCAGAUUUUGUUUGCAUAUCGUUUUACAAAAUGUUUGGCUAUCCCACUGGGAUUGGAGCGUUACUAGUUAAGAACUCCAGUGCCAAUGUUUUGAAGAAGACAUACUACGGUGGUGGUACUGUAAAAGUUUCCUUGAGUUCAGACAUGUUCCAUGUUAAACGUGACAUUUUACAUGAAAGAUUAGAAGAUGGUACACUUCCUUUUUUGUCAAUAAUAUCACUUCGCCAUGGUUUCGACGUGCUUUCUAAAUUCUCACAACAGAAAAUUUCUGAACAUGUUUUCUCUCUUGCGAGGCAUUUACACCAUUCCUUACUAAUGAUGCAUCAUCGCAAUGGCAAACCGGUAGUAAAAUUACUAUCGGACACAGAUUAUGAAGAUAAAAAUUUACAAGGUGGCAUUGUGGCUUUUAAUCUCCUGCGAUCUAAUGGGGAAUGUAUUGGUUAUAUGGAAGUCCUUAACAUGGCAGCUUUGUAUAAGGUUCAUCUUAGAACUGGUUGCUUCUGUAAUCCUGGGGCAUGUCAAAGACAUUUGCAUUUGACAAAUCAAGAAAUAAUGGAGAACUACGAUGCUGGGUAUACUUGUGGAGGUGAUAGAGACUUGAUAAAUGGAAAACCUACUGGAGCGAUAAGAAUCUCACUUGGAUACAUGUCCACAAUUGAUGACGUACAAAGAGUAUUAUUGAUGAUCAGGAAAUGCUUUCUAGAUGGACCAGAAAUAACAAAAACUCCGAGGUGGUGGUUUGACUAUAGGAUAAGAAUUAAAAAAAAAUAUAUCGAUCAUUCCACUGGACUUAAAAAUGAGAAAGUGAAGUCUGCCGACAGAUACAUUCACGUUGCUGAAAAAUCUAACGAGAACAGUCCUUCGUUCCUGAGGCUCACUCAAGGCAAUGAUUAUGAAUUUGAAGAAAAUGAUCGCAAUCCAGCUGGCAAACCAGUUGUCUUGAAACGUGUGUUUAUAUACCCAAUAAAAUCAUGUGGUGCAUAUGAAAUUAAAAAUUCAUGGAAGCUAGGACCUCGUGGAUUACAAUAUGAUAGAGAAUGGAUGAUCGUCACAUCAGCUGGCGUAACAUUAACACAAAAACAGCAGAUUGAUCUGUGUUUGAUCAGACCUGUUAUACACGAAAAUAAUGAUAUUUUGGAACUUACAUAUCCAGGAAUGCCAUCUGUUCAGGUACCUUUAAAUAUAUUUCCUGACAGUACCUCAGAAGGAGUAAUAUGUCAGGGAAAAGUCUGUGGACAUAAAGUUCAAGGAAUUGAUUGUGGUAGCGAAGUUUCUGAAUGGCUAAGUUUAGCUCUGCGGAAACCGGACUUGAGGCUUUUACGGCAAAGUAAAUCAGAGGAUUUCCAUAAAGAGAAAAUCAAUAAACCAGAACUAUCAUUUUCAAGUCAAGCUCAAUAUUUGAUGAUUAACGAAGCAAGUGUGAUGUGGCUAUUUGAUAAAAUAAUGGACAAAGAUUCUGGCUGUCAAAAAGAUACCAUUGUACAUAGAUUCCGAGCUAACAUAGUGAUCAGCGGAAGUGACCCUUUUCAAGAGACAAAGUGGAAAAGUGUUAAAAUUGGAAACAAUAUUUUUAUGGUGGAUGGUCCAUGUAAUAGGUGUCAAAUGGUAUGUAUCGAUCAAUUCACUGCUAAAAAGACGGUAGAACCACUGAGAACCUUAGCGGAGCAAUUUCAUGGGAAAUUGAAAUUUGGCAUGUAUCUUUCGAGAUUGGAGAAGGAUGGAGGAAUUUUGAACAUCGAUGAUCAAGUGUGGAACGGUUUCAACAUACGGCCGAUAGAUGACUGGGGCUUGCUGAUAACAGCGAAACAUGGACCAAGGGCGCUCCCUGCUGCUUUCUGCUGGAGGUGCUUAUCGCGCAUACGUGUCGUGUCCUCGGCGAAACUUCAUAGCCAAUCACGGUUUUACGACCUACUUCAGGAGGGUUCAAUUCGUACAAGAACUGCUGACAUGUGUGCGUGACUGCAUGGCUGUAUUUAGUUGUAUUCAGUGCAUGCGUACACUUGGCGGAGAGUGUACACGUAGAAGUUAGGAGGGAUUCUUCCAACGAUGAAUUUAGUGUCGACGUUAUAAAAGUCGUAAUCGGUAUUAUCAUUAUUAAUAAAACACAUUGAGUCAAUGCUAA